UAAGUAAAGCAAAUAAGAGGCGAGUUACUUCGCGGUUGCUUGGUUUUGGUUUUCAAUUCAAUUUUUUUGAAAAACUACUCUCAUGUUAAAACAUCUUACCUUAUUAAUUGAUUCCAUCAAAUCAAAUAAUGUUCUUUGCAUUCUUUAAACAUUUACUCGCACUCGAAAAUUGUUAGCAAUUUCAUUUUUAACUAUGAAAUAGAGACGAAAGCAGUUAACAAAUGAAUGGUGUCAGUUCAGUUUUCGGUCGCCACCGACACACAAAAUCAAUACUCGGUUUUUCGUAGUGCUAUUGUUUGUGUCUGCUUUUGCUUUAAAAGUUUUGUAGGUACAUGACAACAUUUCUGGAGUUUAAUACAAUUUUAAAUCAAAAAUUAUCCAUGCAUGUGUUUUGUUUUGUACAUAAUUAGAUUUCAGAGAAAAGCACAAACCCAAUUUUUAAAAAGAAUUUAAAGCAUUUUGAUAAUCAAAUCAUUUCUUUGUCAAGAGUAGAAUAUUUGGUAAAACAUAUUUGUCUACAAGACUAGUUCGGCGCGCGCAACGAAGUUGCAUUUUUGUUCCGUUGGCAAAAGAAAACUCGAAGACGAAAUUUGAAAUAUGGCGUCACCUGAUUCGAAUUCAUCAUCGUCGUUGACAGCUUUGGAAAUUAACACGGUUCCAGUUGCAGGUUUUGAAAAUUCACCAAAAUCUCAAAUGGCUUCGUUUUCGGCACUGCGAAAGGAGCAUACGUCCUCUGUAUCAUCGGGUGAUACGGAAACAUCGCAUUUUAGGAGCCUUGCGUCUCCUUUUAGUCAUCAAAUGGAUACAACCACACCAUCUCCUCCUAAUGUUAACUUCGACAUACCUCAAUGGAAGAAAGAUUUAAUUCAAAGAAGGAAGACCAACAUCGCUAAGACUAUUGCAGCUGCAACUGGAAAUAGUGCAAAAGAAGAUACUAUUGCUAAUGUGAACAGCACAGACGCUCUAGGUUCAGUAUCACCAAACUGCGAUUCGAAAAAUGGAAUAGUCUUUACCAAUAAUAAUAACAGCAGUGAUAAGCUACUAAGUUCGUCAAGUAUUAAUACAAAUGAUACAAAUAAAAGUAAUACUAGUCAAAAUUCCAUUACUAACAAUUCAAAAACUAUCAUUAACAAUGUGGUUAAAACGCCGGUUACCACUCAGACGACUCAGUUACAACAACAAAAAGUCAAAAUCGAAUUUUUGUGUGGAGGUCAUUACACGCAAGUUAAUAAUAAACCUUCUGCUUCUGGUGAUUCUAUUCACCAUUAUACUGAAAAACUGCAAACGAGGUCUGCAUCUGUGUUACAAUCGCAAUCCCAGUGCCAGUCCCAAUCCCAACAACUGGCAUCAUCAGUUUUAGUGUCGCGAUCAGUUGUUGUUGGUUCUAUAGAAAAGAAUAUCUAUGAUGGCAAUGGCAGCAGCAGUACCGGCAGUACAACAUUGCCCCAGCCCCAAGAGAAUGUGAGAUUUCGAAAAAAAUUCACUGAUCAGCGAGGAACGAUCAACAGCAGCAACAGCAACACAUCGACUACGAGUACGACAACGACAACAACUACAAGUUCUGAUUCUGCUGUUUCUGAUUCUCUUUUAACUUCAAAAUCCCGUUUAAGUUCAGGUUUAAAAGUGGCGGCAGAAGCAGAAGUUGAAUUUAGUAAAAAAAACAACAAUGACAACAAUUCUAGUGGACUGUGUGUUAGUGACGAACAACAGAAACACAAUCUACACAUAUUCCAACAAAAACCUGAUUUAACUACAAACAUGAGCAAAGACAACAACAACGAUAAUGGUGGUGGCGAUGGUGAGCAAGGCGAAGACGAUGAAUACCAUCAGAAUCAGUUAAUCUGUAGACGCGAAAGUGAUAGCUCAAGCUCAGCGUGCGUGGUGAGCCUUAAUGAUUUUGACUCUAAAGAUACAGAUUCAAAAUUGUUUUCAACAACUGAACAUAAAUAUAAAACAACAAAUGUUAGUUGUUUGACACCCUCAUCAUCAGCUCCACUUAAAUCAUUACCAGGCGCCGGAAUUGGGAUUAUUAAAAAGCCAUGUGGCAUUGAGAGUGAUUCGGUUAGGUCGUCAUCGGGUUCUUUGCCAUUUAUAAAAAAUCAAAAUAUUGGUAAUGUCAAUACAAUAGGUUCCACACACCAUAAUUAUAAAAUCAACACAAAGGUUCGUUGUUCAAAUCAGAAUCAAAAUCAGAACACUAGUUUAGCACCCUCUGUUCUGAAAACCACAGCCGCAAGUAACGAAUCGUCGUCUAAAAGCGUGACUAAUAAUAAUACAAAGAAAAUGGUUGCCGUUCGCGAUAUGAACGAAAUAACUAAAAACGAACUGGAUUUUGAUCCAUCUGAAGAGCUGCAAUAUGGGCCGGGUAUUGUGUCAAAGUUGCGUUGUCGCUAUUUAAGUUUAGCCUUGCGUCAGUCUAUGGACAAACAGCGAUUGUCUAUAGAUUCCUUACGUCGUGCGACUUCACUCAAUAAUCUUCUGGAUGAGAAAUGUGUUCACGAAGAAGACGAUGAUGAGUAUGAUACAUCAGAUAAUAUUAACAAAGAAACAACUAGUCCUUCGGUUGCAGUAUCGCAAGUGGGUAGUAAAGGAACCACUUCUAGCGAAACAGUGAUUGGUUAUGGUUAUAAAAGAAAUUCAAAGGAUACUCCUGAAAAUAUUACGUGCCCAACAGGAUUAUCUUACAACAAUCAACAUCGUUCACGUCAUAUAAAACGUGGAAACGAUUCAUUGAAACGUGCCCGAUCAGUCGAGGCAUUGUUGUGUGAGAAAUCGCCUUGGAAUUUUUCCAAUAGUCAGUUAUCAAAUGAAACUAAUGCAGCUGCUAGCGAUGUAGUGACGAUAGAUGACAAAAUAAACAAUGCACGAGAACGUCUUCUAUCAGGAACUGAUAGCAAUCCUCCUAAACGCCUCGCAUCGAUCAUAGAUGACACCGAGCGUCCACCACCUGAUUUAGUUAAGCAAACACUUAAAAUAUUCGAAGCUUCGACCAAUCGUAGGAGUCGCACUACAAAUCGUAAUAGUGGAGAAGUUGCUACAAAGGUUGCAAAUUAUAAAUUUAUAAUAACACAAAACAAACCAGCUAUAACAUUCCCCAAACCUCCAGUAAGUCCCAAAAAGCCAAAUCAAAAGUCAAAGCCAAUAACGUCGGAAGCUGUAAACAACAUUAUUGCCACACCAAGUCCAAUUAUUGUGUCUCCAAUUCAGCAGGCAGAUAAAAUUGUAUCUCCUUUAAGUUCAACACCAACCCCAAAAAGUCGCAGCAUUAAUAAAAAGACUACAAAAUCUAAAACGGAAUCCACACCGAUAAGAAAUGUUGGAACUGCCAGUAGUGUUCUUGAAAGUUUAUCAGAUAAUUCGCCCGAUAUUAUUCCUCGCCAUAAAUUCUUUGAGAAAACAGCCACACCGCUUGACUCACCAGUAACUGAAAUAACUAAAUCAAUCGAAAAACUACGGAUAGAGUCGCCCACCACACCAACCCAAUCAGUCCCACUACAAACGCCAUCUUUCAAAGAUCGUCACAGUAAAUUUUCUUCGGAAUCCUCGGAACGAGACUCAGAAGACGACGACGACGACGACGAAUCUUUAGACGGAGAAUACGUAGUAAAUGUUGAGGAAAAACAAAUUUCGAAAUCGGCACUCGAAAAUAUUGCUAAAGCUGGAUCCAGUCAACAAUUUAUUUUCGCAGACAAUCAUGCUUCAUCGAAUUUAAAUGGAGAUUCUCCGGCUCCUACGUAUUUGCACGAUAUACCGACUGUUUCUACAAGUUCUUCUUCUACUAACACAGUCAAGCAGAUUGGAAUAAUCAGACCACUUUUAGCUGAGCCCCGACACUCGAAGAUUAAAAAUAAUAGUACUGAAGAAAUUUCUUUCAAUCAGGUGCAACCCGCACUAACCAGCCGGGAAAUUGAGAAAAAUAAAAUCAAUAACGAGAAAAAAGUUGAGAUAUCUGGAGGGGAAAAUAUUUCGAUGGCCAAAAUAACCGGAAGUAUUGUUACAUCGAGUUUAAACAAGAUCGACGUUGCUCGAAAUGAGGAUGAUAAUAAUUCUCAAGCGCUCGGUUGGUCAUCUGCUAUAAUCCCCAGAAAGAAACGAACAGCAGCUGGAAGCCUACCUGAAAACAAUACUAUGAUUUUUAAUUUUAAAGAUCGAAAGGAAGUUCCCGAUUACAUUGAGAAUGAUGGAUUAAUAUUUAAACACAAAAGGGAACUCCCGAAGCCCAACGAGUCAGGAUUCGUCCUCCUAGACGACCUAUCACUUGAAACCUCAACAGACCCUGACGAUGAAUGGUCUAUGUGCCCACCUUCACCUUGCGAUGUAGAAUUCGAAAACGCAAACAUCAUAAUUGAUGGCAAAUCCAACAUAAAAAUUGGGCCUAAAGAAUCGAAUUUCCACGUUCAAUUCAAUGAUACACUUACUUCAACAUUUGAAUACCCAUCCGAGUCAUCAAUGAUUGCAGACUCGGACAGUGUGUAUGCUGACUUAAGUUCAUUCGAUGCAUCGAGAUCCCCGUGUGGAACUACUACCGAUGGGCUAAGCGAGGAAAUAGAAUCGCCCGUAGUUCAUCAUCAUGUUAAAUCUGAAGAAAUAAUACAGCUUCCACACAAUAAUAAAGUCUUGGGAAACUUGUCUUUAGGCUCAGCACCCCUAGGUAGUUACACUCCAAUAACGGCAAAAACUGAAAACAUGUUUCAAUUAGGUGUAACACGUGAACCAAGCAGUCAAUUGGUCAAAACUGAUGAUGCUAACUCAAAUGAAAAACCACCCGCGGACUUCUAUGGAGAGUCUUCAUUGGAAUAUCUGAAACCUGCAUCUGAUGAUCUCACUAUCGCUUACAGUGAAGGUUCUUUAAAAACGGACUUACUAUAUUAAAUUGUAUUCUUUUUCUCUUUUUUGUUUGUUUUUCAUUUUAUUUAAUAUUGUAUUAUGUAUAACAUAAAGUAAAACAACCUUAUGUUAAUUCCAGAAUUUUGCAAUAAUUUGUAAAUAAAUAUUUUUUUCUCAUAAAAAGAAAUUAUAAAAGACAUAUACAUAACUCCAUGUUAAGACAAAAAAAUUAAAAUUAUAAAUAAGUACAUUUGUAAGUAUAUUAGUUUUGCAUAAUUUAUUUGAAUCCGGUUUAUUAUUUCCUUUGAUGAAAAGUUAACAUUCCAGGAAGCCGCAAUAAGUCUGAUUUAAAAUAAACAUUAAAUACGAAAAAAUUAAAUGUGAGAACAAUUUUUCAAUUUUUAUAAAAAAGACUGUUUGAAAAAAGUUAACUAGACAUAACCAUUUAAGAUACAUAUAUGUAAACAAACACUGCGAUGCCAAAAACAUAAGAUUUAGCAACAAAGACAAAUGGUUUUUUUUUUCAGCAUUCUCUUUUUAUUAUUUGUGUUUUAAAAUUAUAAACAAAUUGAUGAUACAGCAGGUUUACAAUUUUUAGUUGCCUUUGCGAUACGAUCAAAGUGCUCACGAAGUGACCCCACUUGUGUGUUCCGAUCGCAAAUACCUCAUAGAGGAGAAUGGAUAUUGGAAAUAAUGAGUAUAUGAAUUGUAUUUCCAAAAAGAUGGUAGUCAAUUCGUUACAAAUUUAGUUUAUUUUUUCAAAAUUUGUUUUCCAUUUCAUGACCGAUUUAAGUUCAGCACUAUAUAAUAAUAUUUAGAACAAGCUUUACAUGCUCGUGUAAAAAAAAUAAACAAACCGUAGUAAUCGGAGUAGAUUAAAAUUAUACACAUAAAAAUACUUUUAUACCAUAUUCAACAAAAUAAUAUAAAA